CAUGUAUUCCAGACAAGGAUCCAACCCGAGCUAAUCAAGAUGGCUUCCUCCACGCCUUACCUUGUCCUACUCUUGUGCCUCACCACUUUCCUGCAAGCAUUGCUUACUGCGGCAAAUUACCCACCGCCGCCGCCCCCGCCGUUUGAGCUGCCGGAGUCCGAGGUGAGGGAGAGGUUCUCCAAGUGGGUGGUCAAGUACUCAAAGCACUACUCGUGCCAGCAGGAGGAGGAGAUGCGGUUCCAAGUCUUCAAGAACAACACCAACGCCAUCGGCCAAUUCGACCAACAGAAUCCUGGCACCGUCAUCGGUCGCGGGUUCCAGCCAGGUGGGUCGCAGACCAACAGCAGGGGCGGGGUGAGGAUGAACAGGUUCGGCGACCUCAGCCCCACGGAGGUCCUCCAGCAGUUCACCGGGCUCAACACCACCAGCUUGAAUGCCACGUCACCCACCUACCUCCCCUACCACUCCUUCAAGCCCUGCUGCGUUGACUGGCGCUCCAGUGGCGCUGUCACCGGCGUCAAGAAUCAAGGCACUUGUGGAUCGUGCUGGGCAUUCGCGGCGGUGGCGGCCAUCGAAGGCAUGAACAAGAUUAGGACGGGGGAGCUGGUGUCGCUGUCCGAGCAGGAACUCGUGGACUGCGACACCGGGAGCAGCGGCUGCGGCGGCGGCCACUCAGACUCGGCUAUGGCCCUCGUGGCCGCCCGUGGUGGCAUCACGUCGGAGGAGAGGUACCCCUACGCCGGAUUCCAGGGAAAGUGCGACGUGGACAAGCUACUGUUCGACCACCAGGCGUCCGUCAAGGGCUUCAAGGCCGUGCCACCCAACAACGAAGCUCAGCUGGCGAUCGCCGUAGCCAUGCAGCCCGUGACGGCGUACAUUGACGCCAGCGGUUUUGAGUUCCAGUUCUACUCCGGCGGCAUCUACCGUGGCCCCUGCUCCGCCAAUGUGAACCACGCCGUCACCAUCGUCGGCUACUGCGAGGGUCCCGCCGAGGGAGACAAGUACUGGAUUGCCAAGAACUCGUGGAGCAACGACUGGGGUGAACAAGGAUAUGUCUACCUCGCAAAGGACGUGCCCUCGUCCACGGGCACAUGUGGCCUUGCCACCUCGCCCUUCUACCCCACGGCUUGACCACAGCAGCCAGCACUAUGUGUGAUAUCUAAGGAAUUGCUUCGAUAAUGCAAAAUUAUUAUUUUUACUAUACUUCCCAUUAAUUUGAUCAAUCGUUAGACCAUGCGUGUAAUAGCAUGUCCUGAGAGUAAUAAAUUUUCAAGUGAAUUACACUUUUUACCAGUUAA